AUGGCACCAAAUUCAGAGAAAAGUUGUGAGGGUGUUGCUGAGUCUCCAAAUGCCCCAGUUGGAAGACAAGCAAUAGAGGGUGACCCUAAAAGCCAAAGAACCAAAGCCACAAGACAUCCUCGAUGGACAAGACAAGAAACACUUGUUCUCAUAGAGGCUAAGAAAAUGGUCGAAAAUGGAGAACAGGUUUGUAGGUACAGAUCAGCAUCUGGGUUUGUUCACACUGAUCCAAAAUGGGAUUUGGUGUCAUCAUUUUGUCAUCAACAAGGUGUCAAGAGAGGUGCUGUUCAGUGCAGAAAAAGAUGGGGCAAUCUUCUCACUGAUUUCAGGAAGAUCAAGAAGUGGGAGUCAAGCGUAAAGGAGGAGAGUGAGUCCUUUUGGAUCAUGAGAAGUGAUGUGAGAAAAGAAAAGAAGUUGCCAGGGUUCUUUGAUACUGUGGUGUACAAUGUGUUAGAUGGAGGAGUUUGCACUGCUGCUGCAUUUCCAUUGUCACGGGUUAAGAUGACAUCAAAGGUGGAGAAUGGUGAUCAAGUUGAGGGAAUGGUGGGAGGGAAAUAUAAGGAGGAUGAGGAUGAUGAUCAUGAAGAGGAAGAUGAGGCCAUUGUUGAAAGUGAAAAAAUGGGGUGGAGCACUGAUGAGGAGAACAUGGAGACAAACAUAACAGGCAAUAUGGUCAACGGUUAUUUGAAAAUAUCAAGUCUUAAGGAAAAAAGCACCAGAGGAAGUCUCAAAAUGACACACACUCUCACGUUGCCUGCUUCAGGAUGUCAUAAAGAAGCUAUGUUCCAAGAGGGAUACAAGAGAAAGCGAUUAACAUCAGACGAUAGCGCCGACAACACAGAUUUCAACAACAAUAUUAUCAAAGUUCUAAGGAGGAAUUCUAACAUACUAAAGACCCAUAUUGGAUCACAGAACAUAAAUUGCCAAUUAGCUAGGGACCAGCAGAAGCAGCAAACUGACAGCUUAGUUACAGCCCUUGGCAAGCUCACAGAUGCUCUCACAAAAAUUGCUGACAAGCUGUAA